AUGACCCUGGGCUGCAGCAGCGGGAGCAGCCGGCCCUGCGGCUUGCUGGCGGCCCCCUCGCCGGAGGAGGACGAGGAGGACGAGGCCCUGUCCGACCUGGAGGAUGCCGACAUCGACGUGGUGGGGCCCCCCCACGAGCACGGGCAGGCCAAGUUCAGCGAGGAGGAGGAGGACGAGGACGAGGAAGAGGACGAGCUGCGCCUCCUCCCCAAACAGGCGGUGCGGGUGAGGCUGUCGCCAGUCCAGCGAGGAGGCCCGGAGGCCACGCUGGGCGACAAUCACGUCGCUGCAGCGGCUCCGGCGGCUCCGGCGGGGUCUCCGGGGUCGGCGGCCGCCUCGGUGUCCGCCUCGUCCUCGUCCUCGUCCUCGUCGGGCGGCGCUUCGGGGGCGGGCAAAAACCCCCUGGUGAAGCCGCCCUACUCCUACAUCGCGCUCAUCACCAUGGCCAUCUUGCAGAGCCCCAAGAAGCGGCUGACGCUGAGCGAGAUCUGCGAGUUCAUCAGCGGCCGCUUCCCCUACUACCGCGAGAAGUUCCCGGCCUGGCAGAACUCCAUCCGCCACAACCUGUCGCUCAACGACUGUUUCGUCAAGAUCCCUCGCGAGCCGGGCAACCCGGGGAAGGGCAACUACUGGACUCUGGACCCGGAGUCCGCAGACAUGUUCGACAACGGCUCCUUCCUGCGCCGGAGGAAGCGCUUCAAGAGGCAGCAGCAGCAGCUCCACCCGCAGCCGCCCGAGCUCCUCUUGCGCGCCGCCGCCGCCGCCGCCGCCACCGACCCGGCGGCUUUCCUGCCGGGUUUCGCCUACGGACCUUACGGCUACAACUACGGGCUGCAGCUGCAGUUUCCACCACCACCACCAUCACCACCACCACCCGGUGGCCGCCGGCGGAGGACGGCGGGGACUUUUUCCUUCCAGACUUCGUCCUGCACCCUGCCUCCUCCGCCGCCGCCGGGCCCUGGGGCCACCACGGCGACCGCCCCGUCCGUCUUCUCCGGCGGACUCUCCUCUUUCCUGGGAGGCGACCUAAGUUGCAGGAAAGCUUUCUACCCGGCGGGGCAGCUUAGCCCUACCGCUUCCCUCCUCCAGAGCCUCAAGGCGGACCAGGGAGCAGGCAACAGGCCUUCUUUUUCCAUAGACAAUAUCAUCGGGGGCGGCGGCGCGGCCCCUCCGCCUUCCAGUAGCUCCACGGUCAGCGCCACAGAUUCGCCCUUCCCGGCGGGCCAUGCCGGGAGCCAAGCGCAGGUCCUGGCUAUGUUGUCUCCAGCUCUGACUCCCUUACCGAACCAUUUGAGCCUCACCCACGAAUCGCUCCUGCAAUCGGGACAAAACUUUUCCAGUAAACUCACAAACCUCAACAACUGUCCUUUUUAA